CACAAAAAGUAAUGGACUGACGAUGAGGCAAAGUUCCGAAUAAGCCACAACACUGCACAUUUCUCGUGGGAAUAUUAAUCAAACAAUGCAUACAUAUUUAUGUUAGCUAGCUCAGCAAAGUCAGCAAUAAUAAUAGCCCAUCCGGCAUCUGUCUUGGGUGCCUGCAUAUCUGAUCUCUUCAAAUAUAAGUUAAUCAAUAUUAACUUCAUAGUUUGACAUACAGAAACAGGAGACGUAGUCGAAUAAAGACAAUGCAUAGACUUUGAUUUUUUCACUAGUAGACGUAAAUCUGUAAAUUCCGGAAGAAAAAAAAACCUGUCUUCUUUUUUACGAAGCUGUGAAAUAUGUCAGUUAACUGUAAGUCGACUCUAUACAGAGCUAUGGAAGUGUGACGUGAAGUGGUGUUAACGUUGGAGGUAGGAUUAUUGGAACUGACGACGGUAAUAAAUUUAAUUUAAGAGUAAGUAAAACGUAUUAGCCGAAAAAGAGAGACAUGGCAUCCUCCUACACCUCAGCUUCGCCGAUACGUGAGGGGUCACCCUCAUCCCCAGCUUCAUCCCCUGAGACGUACUUUGAUGCAGAGCAGGACAUCGGGGACAGUGUGGCAACUCACCGCCCUCGUCAUGAGUCCGAUCAUGAUCACUCACUGUCUUCGAACUUGUCCAAGAUCAAGUUCACGGUCGGAGAUUCUGAGGAGGAUGUGAGCAGCUGCAUUCAAAAAUCGGAUAGGCUUUCUGGGGGUCAUCACCAACACCGUCACCACAAGCAACCAAGCCAUGUUAAAGGCGCAUCCUCCUUUCAACCACCCCCACGGGACGUAAAAACGUGCUUGGAGAUUUACACUUCAGAGAAAGGUGCAAAAGCAUUAACCGACGAUGAGAUAAAAGCGCUUGUACGAGCCAAACACAUUCCAGCGUACCAGUUAGAGAAAGCUGUAGAUGACUUGGAACGUGGUGUACAGAUCAGGAGAAAAUUGCUUGCAGACACCCUAAAUUCUUCCACGUCCCUGCAAAAUCUUCCAUAUCAAAACUAUGACUAUUCGGCCGUGAUGGGGGCGUGUUGUGAAAAUGUGAUUGGGUAUGUUCCAUUACCGGUGGGUGUAGCUGGGCCCUUGAAACUUGAUGGUAACAUGUAUCACGUCCCAAUGGCUACAACCGAAGGGUGCUUAGUCGCUAGCACAAAUCGAGGAUGUCGAGCUCUUUUGGAUAGCGGCGUCAGUAGUCGGGUGGUUAGUGAUGGUAUGAGUAGAGGUCCAGUUGUCCGAUUUCCUACUGGAAUGCAAGCUGGUGAUGCUAUGCAGUGGUUGGAAGUGACUGAAAAUUUUGAAUCUAUUAAAAAAGCAUUUGAUUCUACAAGUCGAUUUGCAAGAUUGGAAAAGAUCCAAUGUCGGAUUGCUGGACGAUUCCUUUUCGCUCGUUUCGUGGCCAAGACGGGCGAUGCAAUGGGUAUGAACAUGGUGUCGAAAGGAACUGAAAUAGCUUUGAAGCGACUUCAAGACGUGUUUCCAGAUAUGGACGUGAUAUCUCUUAGUGGAAAUUUUUGCACUGACAAAAAAUCGGCAGCUAUUAACUGGAUUGAAGGAAGGGGAAAAUCUGUAAUAGCUGAAUCCAUUGUGCCUGCCAAAAUUGUAAAGGACGUAUUGAAGACCACGGUUAACGCACUAGUUGAAGUGCACAUAGCCAAAAACUUGGUAGGCUCAGCCAUGGCAGGUGCCAUCGGUGGGUUUAAUGCCCAUGCUGCAAAUAUUGUGACCGCUAUAUUUAUAGCUACUGGACAGGAUCCAGCUCAAAAUGUAGCCAGCAGUAAUUGUAUCACUUUACUGGAGCCUUAUGGCGAAAAUAGUGAAGAUCUAUACAUUUCAUGCUCCAUGCCGUCAAUAGAGGUGGGAACUAUUGGAGGUGGAACAAUUCUUGGACCUCAAUCUGCAUGCUUAGAAAUGCUUGGUGUAAAAGGAACUAUUGAAGGGCAACCAGGGCACCAAGCUGCAUUAUUAGCCAGGAUCAUUUGUGGUACCGUUGUCGCAGGAGAACUUUCACUACUGGCCGCAUUAGCAGCCGGCCAUCUAGUCCGAUCCCAUUUGAAGCACAACCGUUCCACAACUAGCGUGCUUCUCAACAGUGCACUUCCAGUUUUAUCGUCGCCAUGCAAAGUCACUCAUAAGGCGACCUUGAGACCCGUUGGAGAAUGCAUUAUUUCUGGCACGGAGGAAUCAGAAGAAAAUAAGGAAUCGAAUAAGAGGCCACCACAGCAUCAUCCUGCUCUCCCCAACCCGCCUAGUCGCCCUUCAGUGAGUGUCACUCUCAAAGCGUCAUCUUCUAGCAAAGGUGGGGACGGCCGAAGGUCACCACUGUCCCAUACGGUGACUAUGGAUGUACUCGGAUUUCCGACCGAAUGCAAGCAAUCCUAAUCUGCUAAUUAUUAUUAUAAAGACAAGAUGUGAUUUCUUAAUGUAAGAAAAAGUUAUAAUAUUGGAAUAUUUACAUAUGUAUAUCCCGUAUCAUGUAUAACUUAAUGAAGGAUAUGACAACUAAUCAAGUGUUCGCCUCAUUGCCGAAUGUGAAAAAGACAAUAAUCAAUUUCAAUUUGGUUUUUUGAUUUUAAUGAUCACAUAAAAUCAUAUAAUACCUAUUUUCUACUGAAACAACAUGAGGAAUACUAUAAUUGUGUAUCAUCGCCCUUAGAAGUACAUAUGUAGUAGUGUGGAUAAAAAUAGUGUGUGCGAUUCAUUAUUAUGGUAGGUGAAUUUCAAUUUAAAGAAUGUAAAAGAAGCAUUGAUUUCGUGAGAUUAAUUAUACUUUGUGUGAAAUUUAUUAGCUCAGUUUGGCAGUAACUUAAUUGUAAUUAGUAGUAUUAUCAGUUUACUUAUUCUCAUCUUAAAUAAGUAUUGACAGUUGACACAUUAAAUGCACACACUAAAUAAUGUGUAUAUACUGUUUCCGUAUAUUAUCACAGUACUACAUGUUACACAUACUUCCAUAAACUGGGUAUUUACUAUAAUAAAUUGGGCAAUAUUGUUUUUCA